CGGCUUUCUUGAAGUUACAAGAAUCGUGAAGCUGAGUAGCGAAAGGAGAAGGAGAGAAGUGCCCGACGCUUUGGUGGCGGUCGAUAUAAAGGAUGGCGACGAACACCGGAUCAAGCGGAUCCGGAGGGAAUGUGGGUGGGAGCGCACCUCAGCGGGGCUAUAACCCACUGGUUGGUAAAUGCUGUUAUAAGUGUGGGGAGGCUGAUCAUUUCGCUAGCAUGUGCGCGGAGUAUUGGCAGGCAAAGGCGAGAGGUGUUCCAUUCGUUCCCCCUCCACCGGAGCGCUCAAGGACAGGUAGAACGAUGAAUGUGGGAACAGAGAGGAGGAGCCAUUCUGCAGAUGCAAUGACCACGGCGAUCACGACAACUACGGCUGCACGCAGCGAGACGGACGAGACGAAUAACUUGAUGAGAGAAUAUUUGGGAACAGGAGCAAAGGAAGGAAGAGGAAGCGCGGAUGGCCGGAAGAAAGCGGAGAAACUUGAAGAAAAGAAGAGAUAUGAAGAGGAGAGAGAUGCAAGACUGCUGAAGACACUGCUCGGUGAACUAAAGAAGGAUUAUGAGGGUGAAGGGGAGCGGAAGACAGUAAGCAAAGGGAGGCAAGUCAUCAAAAGGAAUGAGUUGGGCGAAACGAGAGAAGAAGAAAAGGAGAGACUACUACGAUUGAUCGCGAGCCAGGAGCAAUCCGAUGACGAAGAAGAGGAGUACGAGGAGCUGGUGCUCCUAAGGAGACGCGCGGCGGGGUUGCGUAUCAAAGAAAAGAGAAAGCGAGGACUUGUGGAAAGCCCGGUGGGAAACAGCCCACCUAUGGUCACGCCAACUAAAGGACAGAAGACGGGUUUGGGAAAGGAAGCGAUGGCGCACAUCGAUGAAAUCAAAGUUGCGGAACAAGGCAAGAUGGAGGGUACAUCGACCUCGACACGACGAGAUCUGUCAAAGGCGCUGGAACCAACUGGCAAGCUCGGGAUAUCCAUGAAACACGUGACGGCGGGGACGGGCCUAGGAGCCAUGGAGAAGUACGAGAGAGAUUUGAGAGAGGUGUUUGAAGCUUUGACGAUCGAUGAACUGAAGGAUCAGUGCAAACAGGACAAGAUAUCGUACGAAAAUCGAGAUCUAGCUUUGAAGAGGCUAAUAAUGAGAAGGAAGAUUCAAGCCUACGACCCGGUGAAUGUCCCGUUACCAAGUACUCCGGGAGUUACGAUACGAGCUGCGGGACGGGAGACUGCAUCGAAGGAAGGCGCGGAGGAGGAAAAGGAGACAUCUGAGGAAGAAUCUGAAGAGGAUCAGAAAGUGUGAAGACCGGAUGUAGACAAUAUAUGGCGAGAGGUGAAUGAGCUGGUUGAACAAAGAUACAGGCAUGGA